UUCGUCAUACACACUCCAGUGAGCUUCACAAGCCGUGCAUUAGCUCGCGCCGGUCUCGCCUAAUGAGCCGCAUUAGUGCGCAUCUCCGACUCGUUCUCGUAGAAACUACCGACGGUGUAUUUAUAGACCAAGGGAGAUAAUUCCCUCGACUUGUUGACUGAAUUAUCGGACUUAUUCAAUCCGGUGAGUGAUGUUUAUCCAUGUUAAAAGCCUCGGGAUAUUCGUGAUACAAGUAUCAUGAUACAAGUUGGAUUAUCAUAAUAGCGAGUUGGAAGUACUGACGUCUCAAGAAUUUGAAAAUUACGUCCAAUCGUUAGAUCAAGGUCCUGAAAUACCUGAGUCAACCUUGUGUAAACAUCCCGGGACUACGGGCAGGGUUGGCUAGCGUUGACAACCCGGUCAGUGGUUGGUUAGUGGCCGGACAGUUUAUCCUCUGAUAAACGGAUCACUUUUUUUGUGUGAGACUUGAGAUGGUGUCCCAACACAGCGCGUCUUAACGCUACACACCACGCGUGCUCACAGCUACACACGUGUUCACAGCUACACGCGUGCUGGACCAGUGGUCAGAAGGUUUAGAGAUGGACACGUAUCCCAAGAUGGUGAUGAAACAGCUUUUUCUAUUGGCGCUCGUUGGACCUGUGUUACUGCCAUAUCAAGGUGUGACGUCACAGACCGCGGACAAUGGGAUCCGUAUGACGCACCAGAUACAGGACAAGACCGCCGUCAUCACGUGCACGGUGGAUGACAUUGGCACCCGUCGCGUAAUCUGGAGCAAGAUGUCCGACGCUUACCCCAUCUCCGUGGGGAACACCAAGUUCUCACCUGUGUCAAGGUACAAGAUUGGCAGGAGCGGCAAGUCGUACACGCUGACCAUCAAAAACCUGCAGACCCGUGACGCAGGUGCCUACCAGUGCCGCCUGACCGGCCAGGUGUACAUAGCACAGGUGCUGUCUAUCAACUUCCAGUCAGGAACUUCGGGCACAUAUACAAUUUUUCUGAACUUCGGAACUUCGGGCACCUAUCUGCUACCCACCAACAGCACCAUCGAGUCCAGCUCUGGCUCCACGGUCAUCCUCCCGUGUCACGUGGCUAACAUAGGGAAUAAAAUUGUUCUCUGGAAGAGCAACAAGGAUGAAAUCAUCAGCAUCAGGAAAAAAAAUUACCUCGGCGACUCCAGGUUUUCAAUCGUCCACGACAGAGCACCAGAGUGGAGCCUUCGGAUCAAGAACAUCCGGUCAGAUGACUUCGGCAUCUACACGUGCAUGGUGAACUCUGACCCCGUAUUGACCCGAUCAGUGGAGGUCAUCAAUUCAGCCCCAGUCAAAUCUUCCCCUGUAUUGCUACAAGACAGCCACUACCAGAAGCGAGCCAUGGUUUUGGCGGGAGAGACGGUCACCUUGACCUGCAACUUUGCCUCCAACCCGCCGGCCGAGGUCACGUGGUACAAGAAAGCCAGUGACGGGAAAGGCAAAGACUUGAUCGGGACAGGCUCCAGCGUCACCCUCCAGUCCGUCACCCCCGAGCAGGCAGGGGACUACGUGUGUGUGGGAGACAACGGUCAGACGCCUAAAGGUCAAGGCAAGACAGUUCUAGUGGUCAAAAUGCCAGAGACGACGACAUCAGCUAUAACCACAACUUUUGUGCCGCAUGGGCCAGCUUCCCCCAGGGUGUACUCCCAGUCACGUGUGGGUCAGAUUCGUGGUCAUCCGGUCACGCUUCGGUGCACAGCUGUGGGCGACCCUAGGCCAAGUAUCCGGUGGUUUAGAAACCAGUUAGAGGUGGCUGACAGUCACAAGUACAAACUUGACGUGUCGACAGAGGGGAGGUUCGCCUCCGUCUCCUCCCUCACCGUCCUACAGGUGGUGACCCGGGACUACGGGGAGUACGAGUGUGUGGGGAUGAACCACCUGGGACGGACGAUGUUUAAGAUAGAGCUUUAUGAAAUUCGCUGAGUUGUCUCCCUUAGUUCGUCCAGCCAGUGUCAACCAGCUCAAGGGCAGCAACUCCGCCUGGUGAUUCAAACCUUACUGGGUGUUGUGUUUACUUGUCAUCUGUUUUUGUUUACAGACCAGAACUACAAUACUUUGAUUAUAUAUUUAAUUACUUUUUUGAAUUUUCCUCGCUAAUUACCCAUGUAAAUUAAACAAUUUUAAUUAAA